AAUUCAAAUAAUAUUCCAUUUUUUCGAAUAAGCUAUGUUGCAUGUUUAUAGUAUCAGGUUCAGUUCGUGACAGAUGUGCACGGACAUCGCUACCUCGGCUAUUGUGGUAUUCAUCCACCAGAUCGUAUUCAGCACCGACAUGUCGGAUCGCUGAAAGCACAGCGCCGUGUGUGUGUGCGUGCGUAUGUGUGUGCUUUUUUGUGUUGUUGAUAAACGUCAAAACUACAAAAAUUCGAUAUUUUCGUGACGAGGAAUUGGUUCCCGAGCACUACUAUACUGAUCCCUCGCGAUCUGCUGUGAAACGCGCACCCCACCGCAAUAUUUGCCAGUGAAAUAUGCGAAGAUCUAGGAAAUAGCAGUAAGUUAUGCAUAUUAUAAAUCAGCAUGAAUGGAAAAGGCGGCAAAGUUCCGUUGUCAGUGGCUCGCCACUCGACGUACAACGCGAUAGCAUUGGAGCAGAUCAAAAACGAAUUGAUGCCGUACGAGACAGGCCAAUCUUUGGGUGGUAGUCAGCUUGUCGCACCGUUGAAGCGUAAACCGAGCAUCGAGAAGGAUGCACCGCAAUCGCCGCUGCAUAUGCAGCGCACCAGUCCGGCACUCGAUUCCGGUGCCGGUAGCUCACGCUCCAACAGUCCCCACUCGCAGCAACCGUUCUCGUCGGCGGCCCUGGUGGGACGCAGCUCACAAUACUCACCAUCGCCCUGCCCGACCAACUUCAGCGAUGCUCCACCGAUACCGCCACCGCGCUGCUCGUCCACACCGUCCACUCCUCAGCCACCGAACCCGAUGCAUCUGCUGAAGCGCAUGUCACCGGCCUCGGUUGCAUCCGGUCGGAAUGGACAGUUCGGUGGGGCGGCCUCUCAAUCACCUGCCCGCGGUUCGUCACCCAUUGCCAGCGGUGGGAACCAUCAGCUGCGGCAGCCGAUUAUCGUGCAGAAUGGACCACAGGUGCAGCAACAGCUCAGCCAGCAGAUGGCAGUAUACACGGGGAACGAACCACCGCCACCCUAUCCAAUUGGACCUUCGUCACCACCCAACUAUCUGACGUCAUUUCACAGCCGCCAGAGCCCGACCCAAUCAUCCACGCAGUCGGACUUUCGCAAAAGUCCCAGCUCCGGCUUCUACUCGAACGCAUCGAUCGGUUCAUCCAGUCCGAUAACCGUUUCGCAGGGUGGUGGAGGUGGCGGCGGCGGCGGAGCAGGUGGUGGUGGUGGUGGAUCCGUCGGUGGGAUGGGUGGUUCGAUUCAGCGACCGAUUCCGUUACAACCGAAACCAUCCACCGUGCAUGCACCGGCAUCAAAAGCGGCCCAACAUCCGAUCAUAAUGCAUUCGGUCAAAUCGACGCAGGUGCAAAAGCCAAUCCUGCAAACGGCAGUCGCACCGCCAGCACCGGCCGGUGGCGUUGCUGGUAGUAGUGGUGCAGGUGGCACCGGUGCUGGCCAUCCGAUGCACAACAAUCCACCGCCACCAUCGUACGCCGUCUCGGUGCAGCACAAGCUAAACAAGGCGGCAACCGGGUACGCAACACCACCGUCACCUUCGCCAUCGGGUAUCGCGCAUGAUGGUAGCACUAGCCGGCAUACCGGUGGAGCAUCCGGCCCGUCCGGACCGCCCGGUACGGUCAGUGUCGUGCCAAAGCAACCACUGCGUGCAAAACCAUCGCAGCCCGGUUUACAAACCGUGCUUCCUUCUAAUGUGCCAGUGCAGACCGGCGGUGGCGGUGGUACUGUGAAUGGCCAAUCGUCACCCGCACAACCACAGGUGCUGUCGAACAAUGGUGGCAAUGGUGGUAAUACCAGCCACAAUCAUAGCGCCACCGGUUCACCGAAUGAUCCGCCAUCGUACGAUUCGACGAUGAUACUGCUGCAAAAACAUUCAUCGCCCAAAAAAGAACCUCCGCCAGCAUAUCUGCUGGAUGGUGGUGGUGGUGGAGGCGGUGGUGGCGGUGGCACACCACCACCCUUACCCCCUUCACCUCACUGUACUCCGUCGGCGAUGGAAAUGGAGCAACAGCAGCAUCGAAACAACGGCGGCAGUGGGAGCAACAAUCACCACCAGUCACAUCAGCAUCAUCACCUGCAUCAUCUACACCAUCAGCACCAUAAUGGACACAGUGGCAAUGUUGACGGUAGCGGUGUAAAUGGCGAACGUGCGAACGUGAACGGCGGUAACGGAAUGAACCUAUCCAGCGUCAACUCCAGUACCAACGGCAACAGUAGUCAUAAUGCGAAUGCUAAUACUAUUAACAGUAAUAUGAGUAGUAACACUAACGCAAAUGCGAACAAUAAUAUGAAGAAUAGUAUGCAUAACAAUCAUAAUCAUGAUCAUCCGGGCGCAAUGAUGCACGGCACCGGCAUCGUUAGCAAUGGUAAAGCGGCCGGACUUGCGCGAACCGUCGAUGACGAUCGUCUGGCACAUCAUCAUCAGCAUCACCAGCUGCACCAUGGAGCCACCACCAACGGGCUGAUGCAGCAUGCCGGUGAUCCGAAACAGUUGCCAUUGCCGAAAGCACCGCUGAAAUCGUCCGGCAAUGGUAAUGGCAACUCGACGCACGCUUUUACCGGUGCGCUUAAAAGUCUCGGUGCACUGAUGGGAGGCGGUGGCCAACAGCAGUCUCAGCAGCAACUAAACCAUCACCAACAGCAUCAUGCCGUUACGCACGAUGCUAAGCAGCGUGGCAUGGUGACAACAACGACGGCUAGCAGUGGCGUCCGAAGUAGUCUCAUGAAAACGGUUCGCUUUCCGGCAGGCAACAGUAAUGGGCCGGCACCGGCCUACACGAAUGGUGCACCUAGCGCUGGUAUGGAUCACGGGCUAUCAGGAGGUAGUAGCACCGGUAGUACCGAAUCAUCGUCCACCACCAUGCAACCAUCGACCGGAGCGAGCACAGCGGCAGGUGGUGGAAAUGCAGCCAUCGGUAAUGCUUCCUCCAGCGGUGGCAGUGCCGGCGGUGGAGGUAGCGGCAGCGGUGGUGGUGGUGGUGGUGGCGGUGGUGGAGAAGAUAAUCCACGAAAGAUAAAACAUCAAUCGCCGAUACCGGAGCGAAAGAAUCUGUCCAAGGAGAAGGAAGCCGAACGGUCCGAGUGUAAGGUGAAGCACUACUCACCGCAGGCGUACAAGUUCUUCAUGGAGCAGCACAUUGAGAACGUGCUCAAGUCGUACUCGCAGCGUAACUUCCGCAUCAAGCAGCUGGAAAGUGAAAUGUCGAAACUCGAUCUGCCGGAGGAGACGAAGAUCGAGAUGCGCAAGCUGCUGUGCCAGAAGGAAAGCAACUACAUUCGGUUGAAGCGCGCCAAAAUGGAUAAGUCGAUGUUUGCGAAGAUCAAAACGAUCGGUGUCGGAGCGUUCGGGGAGGUGACGCUAGUGAAGAAGAUCGACACGACCAACCAUCUGUACGCGAUGAAAACGCUACGCAAGGCGGACGUGCUCAAGCGAAAUCAGGUGGCGCACGUGAAGGCCGAACGUGACAUUCUAGCGGAGGCGGACAAUGAGUGGGUGGUGAAGCUGUACUACAGCUUCCAGGACAAGGAUAAUCUUUACUUCGUGAUGGAUUACAUACCGGGUGGAGAUCUCAUGUCGCUGCUGAUCAAGAAAGGAAUAUUUGAAGAAGAUUUAGCCCGGUUCUACAUCGCCGAGCUGACCUGUGCGAUUGAUAGCGUCCAUAAAAUGGGAUUUAUUCACCGAGACAUCAAGCCGGAUAAUGUGCUGAUCGAUCGUAAGGGACAUAUCAAGCUGACGGACUUUGGUCUGUGCACCGGUUUCCGCUGGACGCACGAUUCGAAGUACUAUCAAAAGAGCGAUCAUGCAAGGCAAGACUCGAUGGAAGCGUGGAGCAAGUUUGGUACGGAAAUUCCCCCACCAUUGGAAAGGCGAAAGUUCCGGGAGAAAAACCGCGCCAAAGCACACUCAAUCGUCGGUACGCCCAACUAUAUCGCACCGGAGGUGUUGCUGCGAAGCGGCUACACGCAGCUGUGCGAUUGGUGGAGCGUUGGCGUCAUACUGUACGAGAUGCUAGUCGGACAGCCUCCCUUUUUGGCAAAUACAGCAGAGGAAACACAGAUAAAGGUUAUUAACUGGCGGCAAACGUUGCGCAUUCCGGCGGAAGCGCAACUAACACCGGAAGCGAAGGACAUCAUACUGCGGCUGUGCAAGAACGAGGACGAACGGAUCGGGCGGAACGUGGACGAGAUCAAGUCACAUCCGUUCUUCCGCACGAUCGACUUCAGCAAGGAUCUGCGUAGCCAGCAGGCAUUGUACGAACCCAAAAUCAAGUACCCGACCGACACGUCCAACUUCGAUCCGAUCGAUCCGGGCCGGCUGCAGGAUUCGUCCUCAUCCUGCGACGAGGGCGGUCACGGCAAUCUGGACGAGGUGUGCGACAGUGGGAAACCGUUCCAUCACGGGUUCUUCGAGUUUACCUUCCGGCGAUUUUUCGACGACGAAUGUGAUCACAAAAUCACGCUCGACUCGAGCGAGGGACAGGCGGAAGCUAUUUAUGUAUAAAAUAAUAAUUACUAAUAUUAUUAAUCUAUUAAUUAUUACCGACCCCCUAAUAAGCGCUAAAUCCAUAAAUAUUUUUAUCUAUCUUUUCUAAUCACGCACGCAAGCGCUGCCGGCGAGGACGUUGCGCGUCACGAUUAAAUUGCACAGUUAGGACACGUUCUUUCAACGGUAAAGCGAUGCCGUUUUUUUUGGGCCAAUUGGGCGAAAGCGAACGAAAGUACAGUGAAACAAAAUUUUGGGAUAAAGGAAGAAGCAGUGGACAGGAUUAAAGAUGAGUUAUCAGUUCGUAUCAGAUCGAACUUAGCGAAAUCCCGACUCCUAACGGUUGGAAGGGAAUUCUAAAAAAAAGAAGCAGGACUACAUUUAGAAAUAAUGAAGGUUAACAACAAUCGUUAAAGUGCUCUUUAUAAAAUUACACCACCUACACCACCUGGACAGGAAAUUUGAGGCCUUCUUGUAGCAAAAGCAAACGACCGAACGGUUCUUUGUGUUAGUAAAUAGAGAAUACGUUGAAAACAGAACGAAAAGUAGAAUCUAUAUUGGAAAAAAGGGCAACGAUCGAAACUAGGUUAGACGAACGUGCAACCCUUUAGUUAAUAUAAGGGUUGUACAAACACACACACAUCAGUGCCGGCUUCAGAUAUAUACAGGUUUUUCUUUUUCGUUUUGUCGAUGAUUAAUAUUACUAUUAUUAUUUUAUUACUUUUAUACGCGAAUUGUUGUACAGUGCAAAUAUGUGUGAUUCUGGAUUUACAGAGUAUUUAGAACGUAAGAUGGGAGCGGGGGGAGAGAAAGAGAGACACAGAUUAACAAAACAAAAAAAAAACACAAGAAAACAAAAAUGAAAGAGAAACACUAGCGAAACGUAUUCUGAAGCGUAAUACUCUUGGUAGAUUCGAAAUUGGUCACGACGAAACUGCGAUGGGACAUACAACUGCAAACAGCUAUAGAUAGAACGAGAACUAGAAAACAGUGAAACUAGAGAAAGGGAAAUGCAAAACAAUCAUGAAAACAAUGGAAAUCAGUGUCAAAGGAAUAGCAGGAAUAGUGAGAAAAAGGAUAAAGGACAGCAGAUAGCAAAGUAAACGUAAACAAAACAUACAUACAGUUGAAGAAAGGAAACAGGAAAGCUCAAUGAAACAAGCUACACGUUUAGUUGUUUUUGUUGUUGUUGAUGUGGAUGUUAUGAACAACGGAUAGGAUGAGAAGAUCAGGAAAAACACACUCACACAUUUGAUAGAACAAAACAUGGAAUAUAGCAUUCAGAUUUUGGCCUUAACACAUUUUUAUGGUGGUACGCGAAAGCAGUCGAAAACGCAAAAAAACGGUCACGCGCGGUACCUUUUUCUCAUCACAAAUAAAAAACGGAAUAAAAUCAAAAUCGAUCGAAUCGAA